AUGCUCACGGGCCUGUCACGGGAGAUCUUGCAACUCAUCGCAUACGCGACAAACAGGCUGACAGCUGGCGAGGUACUCUCGCUCGCCCUCACCUGCCGCUACCUCUACACGGCGCUCCUCGGCUCGCCCUUUACCCGAUCGCUACAUCAUGCCCUUGGUGGCCUCGAACACUGCAUCCGCAGCCAGGCAUGGGCCGGUGGCAGACGGAUCAUUGCCUCGUCGGCCUCCUCGCCUCUGCCGGCAGACCUCAUCCACAUGGUCUUUGCCACAGGCGAUGAGGAGUGCCACCAGUGGAUGGCCCUCGUCAGAGACAUGGCCACCCGCCGCAUGGUCUUCCAUCCCUCGUGGGGGCUGUCCUCCUCGGGCACGCCCGCCAUGCCGUCCUACUCCGUCCGACUCGCCUUCCUCCGUCGAGUCUUCGGCGCCCGCUUCCUCCCGCUACCGCUCGCUGCCCUCGCUGCUCUCUAUGGCCACCAAGCCACGGCGCUUGAGCUCGCCCAACCGACCGACAAGCCGCUCUCGCCCUUGGCUCUCCUCGCUGUCGCCGCUUGUGCCGUCAAGGCCAACACCAUCGAGCUCAUGGCCGCUCUUGCUCCACUGGUUGACCUGGCCGGACGCUCGGAGCUCCUCCUCCGACUGGCGAUCGACCUUGGCCGGCAGGAGAUGGUCCGGCUGCUGGUGGAUGACGCAAAGGUGAAGCGCGCUGUCUUGCCCAGCUCGCUGCUUGUCCGCGCCAUGCGGUCUCCGCAUCCCCACAUCGCCAUCAUGCUCCUCGACCACCCGCUCCUUGAUCCGUCGUCUGACAUGGCUGACUUGCUCACCAAGGCCUGCUCCUUUGGCCGGGCAGAUGUGGUCCACCGCCUGCUCGCUCAGCCAUCCGCCGUCCUUGAUGUGCCCCUCCUUCACCGUCUUCUCCGCGCUGUCACCGACUCUGCGUCUACCGCCUCCCUCGCCGCUGUUCUCGCUGCCGCCACUGCCGCAGGCAUCGCGCCCGACCCGAGCGACGUCGACAAUGUCAUCGCCAUUGCCAUGACCGGGAGGCAUACCGACCUUGUUUUGCUCCUUUUGUCCGUCGACGGCGUCGAUGGCAACGCGGCGCUAUGUCGUGCCGCUGCAGCCGGCCUCGACGACGUUGUCCGCUCUCUGCUGGCCGACCCGUCGGUUCAUCCUGGCCACGACCAGCAGCGUGCGCUGUGCGCGGCGGCAUCAGGCGGACACGAUGCCGUCGUCAAGCUGCUCCUCGCUGAUCCGCGGGUCGAUCCUGCCAGCAACACCAGCGCCGCCCUCCGCCACGCUGCUUCUGCCGGCCGCACAUCCGUCGUUGCCCUCCUCCUCGCUGCCCCGGGCAUCGAUCCAUUUGCCGACAACUUGCACGCGCUCCGCAGCGCGCGGCUGCAUGGUUACAUGGACGUUGUCGAGCUCCUCCUUGCCCAUCCGGCCGCCGAUCCAGCGCUCGACGACAACUACCCGAUCCGCCUCGCCGCCGCCCUCGGCCGAACAGCCCGGCUGGGCGAGCUCCUUGCCACACCCGGCGUCGAUCCGACCGCCGCCGACAACGAGGCCCUGUGCAAGGCGACCGAGGCCGGUCACGCGUCGGCAGUAGCGCUCCUGCUCGCCGACGGGCGGGCCGAUCCGGCUGCCCGGGACAACCUGCCGCUGCGCAAGGCGGCGGCGCACGGGUACGCCGCCAUUGUCGCAAAUCUUCUCGCCUCCGGACGGGUCGAUCCCGCCGCCGACGGCAACUACGCCAUCCGCAUGGCCGCCAGCCGUGGCCAUCUCGCCGUCGUCGACCUUCUCCUCGCCCAGCCAGGCGGGAGCGCCCACGGGCUGCCGACGACGCCACUGCUGGCCUCGUCGCUGCCGAGCGGCAUGACGGUGCUGGCGGACAGAUCGGUGACGACCACCGAGUCGCCCGUCCGCCGCUCAUCGUCGCUGACAUGCUCGACGCUCCGCACCUCGUCCGAGACCCUCGACGAGAUUGAGGACGCAGACCCGACCGACGGCGAUGCGUCCGACUCGGAGCUCGACUCGGAUCCACUCCACGUCGCCUCGAUCUUCCUCUCGGCCGUCACCAAGCGCUUUGCCGGCGCCUUUCCUGCUGCCGCCGCCGCAGAGCCUGCCGUCGACGCCGCGCCUGCUGCCGCCAUCACGUCGAUGGCGACCUCGCUUGCGGGAUGGACGUGCGCGGCAAAGGCUGCCAAGUUGGCUGUCGCAGAGCGGACCGCCGCCAACGUUGCUGCCGCCGCUGCAGCCAUGCCCGACGACUUGCCGACCUCGCCCUCGAGUCCGUCGAGCCCGAGCAGCCCCACUCAGCUCGGCUCGCCGCCGCUGGCUGCCUCGUUCGCCAUUGCCUCGCUGGCCCAAUCGUCGUCGUCCUCGCUCGCCACCUCUGAGUCGACCGAGCUCCUCGGCGGGUCAUCGUCGGACGAUGACGCUGACGACGACGACGACGACGACGAUGACGGCGGCAAUGACGGCGACGGCGACGACAAAGGUGACGGCGGAUGGGUCGAUCUCGGCUCGUCGUCGCUCCUCUGCUCGGUCUCGCCGUACACGGCAGCGCUCUGCGCCGACGCCCGCUGGAUGUGCACCCUGGCGGCGCUCGACGCAGCGGCCAAGCCUCUGGCAGCGUCGGGCAUUGCCCACGCCGUCGCUGUCUGCGGGCCGGCGCGCAUCAACGCGCUCUGCCGGGUCCUGGUCGUCACGCCGCAGCCAGAGGCGCUGACCGCAGCUGCAGCUGCGUCGGCGCUCCUUGCUGCCUUUCCGCGCACCCGCAUCGCGAGCCCGGCCACCGCAGCCGCAGCCGCCGCGCCGCACAUGUACGCCCUUGUCGCCGGCGACGCCACCAUCUUCCAUGAGUACGCGACGCAGCGGCGGCAGCGGGCCGAGCUGCCGCACCCGCUGGCGGGCCUCCCGCAGGCGCGGAUCCGCCACGCCGACGCGCUGGCAGCGCUGGCAGCCCUCGGCGACGCGCCGCCAGACGACCUCGUCGAGGCCAUCACCACGGUCGUCGCCGCCCUCGCCGCCUUCUUCAACGUCUCGCCGAGGCUGGUCACCGGCCAGCGGCGGCGGCCCGGGGCGCCGCCGACAGAGCUCCUCCUCGCCGCGCUUGUUGCCGCCCAGGUGGUCAACAGCUACGUGGCGUCACAGCUUGUCGCCGCCCUCCACGCCUUGGUCGGCUCAUCGGCGCUCGCUGCCGAGGCUGCGCCGGUAGCAGCGCCAACCAUCGCCACGCCGCUCGCGCACAUGGCGGCGGACAUGGCGGGCGGGAUGGCGCGGUGCGGCGCGGCGGCGGCGCCGCGGGCACUGGACACAUCCAACGCGGCGCUCCUGGCGGCGCUUCCCUUUCGUGACGCUGGGUACCUCGCGGCGGCGGCGUGGCGGGUCAGCCUCGACGGCAUCUCCUCGCCAGUCUGCACCUACGGCAUGGCCGGGACCCGCGGCCCGCCGCGGCGGUACGCCGGGCUCGGCAUCGGCAUGGGCGCGCCCGUCCGCGGAGCGUGCCACCUCGGCGCCGCCAUCCGGGAGAUCGACGGCGAGGCAUGGCCCGAGUUCCUCGCCUCGCGCGAUGCCUUCUGCGCCCGCUAUCCGGCCUACCGCGCCGUCUUCUACUCGGCCACCACCGAUGAGGUCCGUAUGCUCGCACCCCAGGCCGUGGGCCAGCUGUUCGGCUCGGCGGUGCUGGCCGGCAACGCCCGCGUCCGCGUCGGCGCCUUUGACUUUCUCCUCGCCGACGCCACCGCCCCGCACGAGGUGGCCGUCUCCGUCCUGGCGCGGGCGCUCUUCCACGGCGGCGCGAGCGGACGCUCGCCACAUCCGGGCGGCGUGCCCGCCGCUGAUCUGGUCAAGGUCUUCUACCUCAACAAGAUCCACGUCUUCCUCGUCACCCACGCCGUCCACGGCCCGCUCCUCGCCGACGCCCUCCGCGCCGCGCCCCCAACCUCGGCAGCGCCACUCGCCCUUGAUCCGUACUCCUUCUCCCUCCACACUGUCCUCGCCCUCAUCACCUCGCCCGAGGACGCCUGCCCGCGCGGCUACGUGGCCGAGCACCUGCCGCCGCUGCCGGCUGCGGUCAUCGCGCCGGGAGACGUCUCGCUCGCCGCCUCGCCGCUCGGCUUGGUCCGCACAGGCCGCGGGCGGGCCUUUGUCGAGCCGACCGCCAAGGGCGGCCGCCUCUCGGCCCGGCUUGCCCUCCUGAAGAACGUGCUCUUCUGCAUGCGCGCCGGGAUGCGGGCCAAGGUCGACAGCGCGCUGGCGGCGCAGCUGGCGCACGCGCCCGAUGGGCGGACCAUCGUCGACCUCACGCUGGACGUCCUCCGCGGCAUGGAGCUGCGGAUGUCCGAGGCGCCGGCGAUGCUCAAGGCCGGCCUUGUCCACCUGCUCGUCGCCCGCAUCGACGACGUCGUCGGCACCGUCUGCGCCGACCCGGCCAUGACCCACACCGAGCUGCUGGCCACCGCCCAGCCGCAGCUCGCCACCAUCUAUGCCAAAGCCGCCAAGACGCCAUGCCCGGUCAAGGCCUUUAUCACCGGCAUCCUCCGCAAGCAGUGGCGCUGCGGCCGCCGCCUCAGCCCGGACGAGAUCCUCGACGCCCAGAUGUGUCUGCCGACGAGCGUGGUGAGUGGCGGGCGGGCGCGGUCGUGGUCGCGGACGCGGUCGCGGACGCGGUCGUCGUCGGCUGCCGGGCACAAGGGCCUGGGCCUCGGGCGCAAGCGGUCCAAGAGCGGCGCCAUUGUCACGGCGCUGAGCGAGGACGGAGGAACGGCCGGCGAGCAGGGCGAUCUCGAGGCGCUCGUUGUCCCGUCGCAGCUGCCGGGCGCCGGCGACGCGCCGCUGUGGUACGACGCGGCGCUGGUGGGCCUCGUCACCGCUGGCGACGCCGAGGGCUUUGCCAAGCUCCCGCACCGGCUGCUGAUGCAGCGGAUGCUGUCGGACAUGGACUUUGGCGCGUGCGCCGUCGGCAGCAGCGCGCUCAAGACAAUCCUCAAGGCGGCGACGCCGAUGACGCUGCGGACGCUUGUCCUCCGCAACGUGGCGGUGCUGACGGACGUCCUCCUCGAGCCGCUGCUGGCCAAGACGCCGCAUCUACAGGAGCUGGACGUGAGCGGCGGGGUGGAGCUGGUGACGGUGGGGCGGGUGGCGGCGCACUGCCGGCUCUCGCUCGCUGUCCUCCGGCUCGUCGGCUGCGUCCGCAUCCCGCUCCCCGAGCUCGACCUCAUCGAGGCUACCUGCACCCGCCUCCGGGCCGUCCACCUCGGCCCGAGCCACUCGAGGGACCUGUACUCGCCGGGCGCUACGUGCGCAGCCCAUCCGCGGUGCCUGGUCACGGGCGCGCCGCACAUUGUGUGGGCCCAUCUGCCGCCGGGCAUGCGUCGGGCGCUCGCCGCCUUUGCCGUCCCGCCGCCCUCGGCCACGCCGCGCGCCCUCUCGGCCUUUGCCUCGCGCAUCCGCGUCGACCUGGCGUCGGCCGACCUCGCCGACGCCCUCGUCGCCAACAUCGCCGUUGUUCUGCCCACCGCCGAGCGCAUCUCCGCCCUCUCCAUCGCCGACAACCCGCGCCUCACGGACGCCUCGCUCCUCCCGCUCGCCCGCGCCUUUGCCGCCAACGACUGCAUCGUCGAGCUCGACGUCUCGGCCAACCCGGGCCUCUCGCCGCUGGCCACCAUUGAGCUCGAUGCCCUCCGCGCCACUCUCCUUGCCGACAUCGGCCGCGAGCUGGUCCUCUCCGGCAGCUGCUGGGCCUCUGCCCGCGCCCUCUGCCCGGCGCAGGUCCCCUCGCCGCUCCCGCCGCGCUCCGUCCUCGCCGGCGAGGUCACAGCCGUCGCCGCCGUCUCGCCCACCGCCGUCAUCGUCGGCUCGGCCGGCGGCAAGCUGGCCGUCAUCGACUCGGCCUCGGGCUCGUCGCGGGUCGUUGACAUUGUCCUCUCCUCGCCCGUCGUCGCCCUCACCAUCGAUGCUCCCCGCGGCAAGGUCCUCGCCGCCACUGCAGCCGGCCGCGUCGCCGUCCUCGCUCUCGCCUCGUGGCGCCUCCUCCGCAUCCUCGACAUGACCGCCGCCACAGAUGACGCCGCCGUCACCGAUGACGAGGUCUCGACCGAGUGCGUCACGCCGACAACACCGACGACUCCCUCGGUGGCGUGGUCGUCGUCGGCGGCCUCGUCGCCCGCGCCUUCGCCCAAGCCGCUCACGCCGACGACGCCUUCAUCGGCGGCAUCGGCGUCGGCGUCGGCGUCGGCGUCGGCGUCGGCGGGCGGGCGGCCGAGCGCCACCUUUGCCGGCCUCCACACCCUCCCGGUCCCGCCGCCGAUCCAGAUCGGUCGGAACGGGAGUGAGGUGGAGGGCGAGGGCGGCAGUGUUGGGUGCGACGAGCUGCUUGAUGCGUUACCGGAUGACGGGAGGGAGAGCGAUGCGGUGGUGGGUGCGGUGGUGCUGCCGCGGAAGCGGGCGGUGGUGGCCAGCGCAGCGGGCGCAAUGACCGAGUUCAAGCUGUCGAGCGGGCGCAAGGUGGCGGCGUUCGAGGCGCUGGCCAUGCCCGGUGGGCGGCUGGUGGCGGUGGCAGUGACCGACGAGUGGGCGGUGGCGGCGGCGGACGCGUGUGGGCGACUGGCGUGGUGGACGCGCGCGGCGCGCGACUGGGUCCGCGUCGCCGAGAUCAGCGUGGGCAUGCGGACGGCGACGGUGGCGCUUGCCCGGGCGUGCGGUGAGAAGGUGAUGUUGGUCUCGGUCGCCGGCGAGCUGGCGGUGGUUGACACGAGCGCGCAGCGGGUUGUUGCGCGCCGCUCUGACGUGCGCGGGCAGGCUGGGACCGUCCGCGCGGCGUAUCCGCUCGGCGGCGGCCUCGUCGCCGUCGUCGCUGCGCAGCCGUGGACGGUGACGGUGUGGAACGCGCGGACCGGGCUCUCUGUGGUGACCCACCUCGCAGUCCCGGCGCAUCCGCUCGCCCCGGCCGCCGACUGGCACCACGUCGUCGUCGACCGCCGCAGCGGGGCGGUGGUGGUGGUCGGCGGCGGGGUGGUCCAGGUCAUGAGCGUGUAGGCGGCGG